GGUGAAACCUCGUCUCUACUAAAAAUACAAAAAAAGUUAGCUGUGCAUGGUGGCACUUGCCUGUAAUCCCAGCCACUUGGGAGGCCGAGGCAAGAGGAUGGCUUGAACCCGGGAGGCUGAGGUUGCAGUGAGCCGAGAUGGCGCCACUGCACUCCAGCCUGGGCAACAGAGAGAGACUCUGGCUAAAAAAAAAAAAAAAAUUAUAAUGUAUAGGAUUGUGGAUGAUCACUCUAACCAACCAGUGGGCAAGUUGCUUUGCUCAGCGUUAAGUUCAAACUGUCACAUCAGAACGUUAUUUGAGUGUAUACAUAUGCAACCAUUAAAAGUGGCCGUUACCACGAUGCAUUCUGGGAACGAAGCAGCACCAAAUCCAAGAUGGCGGCCAGCAGGAGGCUGAUGAAGGACAACCCUCCAUAUAAUAAGGGGGCCUUCAGAAUCGAAAUCAACUUUCCAGCAGAGUACCCAUUCAAACCACCGAGGAUCACAUUUAAAACAAAGAUCUAUCACCCGAACAUCGACGAAAAGGGGCAGGUGUGUCUGCCAGUAAUUAGUGCUGAAAACUGGAAGCCAGCAACCAAAACCGACCAAGUAAUCCAGUCCCUCAUAGCACUGGUGAAUGACCCGCAGCCCGAGCACCCACUUCGGGCUGACCUAGCUGAAGAAUACUCUAAAGACCGUAAAAAAUUCUGUAAGAAUGCUGAAGAGUUUACAGAGAAAUAUGGGGAAAAGCGACCUGUGGACUAAAAUCUGCCACGAUUGGUUCCAGCAAGUGUGAGCAGAGACCUCGUGCAGUACAUUCAGACACCCCACAAAGCAGGACUCUGUGGAAAUUGAUACGUGCCACCGCCUGGCGUUCGCUUGCAGCAGUUACUAACUUUCUACAGUUUUCUUAAUUAAAAGUGGUCUAGGUAACCUGUAAAGAAAGGAUUAAAAAUUUAAGAUGUUCUAAAAAAAAAAAAAGUGGCCAUUAAUAGACGGAACUGUACAUUGGACCAGUUGGUGUUUUAAAAACAUAAAAUCUGGCUACCCUAACGGGAUAAGUUCAGACAUCAGGAUGUUGACACAGGGUCCUACCAGAACCCAGGGUUUACUUAGAGAACAUAAAAGUAA